GCCCCUUCCUUCCUGCUGUGGGCCAGGGGAGCCACCGCCCCGGGUCCUCGAGGAAGACGGGAGCGGGACGUGGCGAGAGGCCUCCUCAGACUGGGCAAAAUAGCCCCGACGCGGAGAUGUGUAGUUGGUGACUGCCUCUCCAGAUGCUGAGGUGCCUGUAUCAUUGGCACAGGCCAGUGCUGAACUGUAGGUGGAGUAGGCUGUGCCUUCUGAAGCGGUAUCUAUUUACAAUGAAGUUGCAGUCUCCCGAAUUCCAGUCACUUUUCACAGAAGGAUUGAAGAGUCUGACAGAAUUAUUUGUCAAAGAGAAUCACGAAUUAAGAAUAGCAGGAGGAGCAGUGAGGGAUUUAUUAAAUGGAGUAAAGCCUCAGGAUAUAGAUUUUGCCACCACUGCUACCCCUACUCAAAUGAAGGAGAUGUUUCAGUCGGCUGGGAUUCGGAUGAUAAACAACAGAGGAGAAAAGCAUGGAACAAUUACUGCCAGGCUUCAUGAAGAAAAUUUUGAGAUUACUACACUACGGAUUGAUGUCACCACUGAUGGAAGACAUGCUGAGGUAGAAUUUACAACUGACUGGCAGAAAGAUGCGGAACGCAGAGAUCUCACUAUAAAUUCUAUGUUUUUAGGUUUUGAUGGCACUUUAUUUGACUACUUUAAUGGUUAUGAAGAUUUAAAAAAUAAGAAAGUUAGAUUUGUUGGACAUGCUAAACAGAGAAUACAAGAGGAUUAUCUUAGAAUUUUAAGAUACUUCAGGUUUUAUGGGAGAAUUGUAGACAAACCUGGUGACCAUGAUCCUGAAACUUUGGAAGCAAUUGCAGAAAAUGCAAAAGGCUUGGCUGGAAUAUCAGGAGAAAGGAUUUGGGUGGAACUGAAAAAAAUUCUUGUUGGUAACCAUGUAAAUCAUUUGAUUCACCUUAUCUAUGAUCUUGAUGUGGCUCCUUAUAUAGGUUUACCUGCUAAUGCAAGUUUAGAAGAAUUUGACAAAGUCAGUAAAAAUGUUGAAGGUUUUUCACCAAAGCCAAUGACUCUUUUGGCCUCAUUAUUCAAAGUACAAGAUGAUGUCACAAAAUUGGAUUUGAGGUUGAAGAUCGCAAAAGAAGAGAAAAACCUUGGCUUAUUUAUAGUUAAAAAUAAGAAAGAUUUAAUUAAAGCAACAGAUAGUUCAGAACCAUUGAAACCCUAUCAAGACUUCAUUAUAGAUUCUAGGGAACCUGAUGCACCUACUCGUGUAUGUGAACUACUGAAGUACCAAGGAGAGCACUGUCUCCUAAAGGAAAUGCAGCAGUGGUCCAUUCCUCCAUUUCCUGUAAGUGGCCAUGACAUCAGAAAAGUGGGCAUUUCUUCAGGAAAAGAAAUUGGGGCUCUAUUACAACAGUUGCGAGAACAGUGGAAAAAAAGUGGUUACCAAAUGGAAAAAGAUGAACUUCUGAGUUACAUAAAGAAGACCUAAAACUGAUGGCUACUAAAAAGCAGAGCAUUUCUGCCAGUCAGUCAUAACAUCUUUGUACUCUAUGAGCAAAUAGUAAUUUUGGACCUUGAUAAAACAAUUUUGUAGAGUGUAAUAUUUCUAAGAGGAAGUGUCACAGGGGCUAUGAUGCAAGAAAGCCUCAGAAAUGACUGCACACAGGUCAGUAAUUAGAUGCAUUAUAAAAUAAUACUUUGAUAGACCCAACAUCAUAUAAUACAUACUAUUUCUGUAUAGAUCUGUAUAGAAAGUAUGCAGAUUUAGCUAUUGGGUCUGGUUUUGUCAUGUAUAAAACCAUUUUCAGUAGUAGUGUAUGUGUGUUUUUACAGAUUAGAAAAUUUUAUUUGCUAGUAAACAGUAUGGGACAUACUGAAAUUAUAACUUUUCAGGGGGAAAAGGUAACUCAUUGCAACUGGUUUAGAUUUCAGCCUACAGAGAUGUACUAUGCUACUGAAAAGAACUUCCUGGGAUCCACUGAGAAAGUUUUAGUGCAGUGUAAGAACUAUAUGAACAACCAGACCAGUGAAGUCAUAUAAACCCAAAGUUAUUAAAGUAGUAAAAGUAGAGCUUAGAAAAAAUAAGGUAGGGGCAUAUCCUGAAUAGAAGUAUUCUUGAAUUUUCAUUUACUCUAUUUACAUAAAUAUGCAAUGUGAUACUCAACUGAUUUCUGAUUUCACUCCACCUUCAAGGCAUGUAUUUUGGCCUCAUACUAUUACUAUAUUUGAGUAAGCAUAUAACCUGAUUAGUUUUAAAGUAGCAAAGGAAUAUCAAUAAAAUGAAAGUUAUCACACAAAUGUGGAAGGACCCACUAAACCCUUGAAUAUAAGCAAAGAGGUAGGUGGCAAAGCAGUCUUUUUAGAACUUUUACAUUAUUUGAACAAAGAACAUGUUUAGUUUCACGCUUAAGGUUUACUUACAGAUUUUCUUCAAUUUACAUUGAACAAAAUAAUACAGUAUCUAAUACAGUAUCACGUUUAGCCUGGGUGAGGGGACAUGUUUUGGCAUCUUUCCCCUAUAGUAGUAGUUUUGGUUCAAAUUAAUUUUUGAAAAAUAGCUUUUGUAUGGAACAGUAUAAAUGGGCUUAUAGUUCAAAUACUGAGCAAAUACACAAUACUACUUUUUACUAACAGGCACAUAACGGAAAUGACAACUAUUCGUGGGCUCAAAAAACUGCAUAUUUUAACUAAUUUUCAAAAUUUACAAAUCAGUAUCUCAGAGAAGCUAAAGAAAAUGGAAAGGAACAAAGCCCUUUUAGAAUAAUAUACAUUGCCUUGCUUCUUUCAAAAAGGAACAUGUACUUGUCACCCUAGCUUUUGUUAUUUAGAGCACUGGUACAGAUAUGCUGUCCCAUACAUCAGGAUCAAAUUAUUAGUUUCACAUUGUAGGAAUUUAAGAUUUUUUUUUUUACGCAGGAAAUAAUCUCAUCAUUUCCAAAGAUGUCUUCAUGUCCCAUCAAUGACAUGCUACCAAACAUAUCAGAUUCCACAGGAUAAUGGCACCAAGCUACCCAAGUAGAUGAUUCUGGUAUUCUAGACUGCCGUUCAUGCUCUCCAAAAGUAUACUUAAAAGUUUCAAAUACAGUUUCACUUAGAAACUGCAACCCUCCAAGUAAUGUUAUGUUUACUUAGGUAUGUAUCAGAGGCAAUAAUUUCCAAAGCAGAUCUGAUUUUAGAAUAUAACCAAUUUGUUAGAUAACUUUAUCUCUAUCACAUCUGUUUACAAGCAAAGUAUUACUUUGUCUGGACUUAGUUCAUCUUCAGUGUCUGGGAUCGUGGGCAACAGAGCAGAUCGUGUUAAGCCCCAGAAUUUUUGAGGUGACAUGUCUUUUUUGGUGGCCGUAAACUUCCAUCCAAUAUGGCUUGCACAGAUCUUACACUGGGCAACAGUCCAGGCAUACCUAAGAAAUUAAGGAAAGAUAUCAGCUAAGGAAACACUUCUGUACUCCAAGCCUAUCAUAUAAACCUAUCAUGAAGACAGACCUUAGAAGCAAAUUCUAAGGAUUAAGGAGAUUCUAAGUUGAGAUUUGAUCCAUACAGUUCCCUGAAACCUAAAAACAUUUUCUAAUUUUGUAAUAUGUAUGACUUUUAUGCUCUUAAGCGCCAUGUUUACAUUUUUCUUCUACUGCAUAGAAAUAGCUGGUUGCCAAGACCACAUUCUAACUUGUACUGGCUUUUCCUUUGUUGUAUUGCAGUCAAGUUAGAAAACAGCAAUCACCUGCAGAAAUAAUGCACUUCUGUCUGAGUUAAACUGGAUGGGCCAGGAAGGACACGUCUCAAAAAAUACUGAAAAACUACUAUUCUAAAAUAAGAAUGAUUGUUAGAUAAUGCAACCAGAAAUACAAAUCAUGGCAUUUUGUUCUUAAGAUAAACCAUGUAAUUGCAACUGUUUCCUUAUUUUUUUCCCUAGGUAUACCAUGCCACAUUUAUUUAUAGUAACAAAUGUAUUGUAGUUUUAGUCCUUACAUAGGGUGCCAAGUAAGAUAGGGCAAUCCAAGUGACAUAGUCCUAACCCCAGAGUAGCAUGUAAUCCCUUCUUAGCAUCCCUCUUUGAAAACUGAAGAUAGUACAGCUGAGGGAACUGAACAGGUUCCCAGGAUCAUAGAGAAUCAUUAAGCUGAAGCAAACAAACAACAAAAAAAGGCAAACUAGAAGAAAAGCAGGAUUCAAUGGGUUCUGCACCUUCUUAGUCUAUUAUUGCUUUGUAAACAUUCUCCAGUUUUACAUUACUACAGAAUAUGGUCCAGAUAUAAAGUUUUACUGGGUCAUAAGACAGCUGAUUUUCAGAAUUACGUGACAGAAAAAAACAAUUUUGGAUUUAACUGGAUACAGUAAUUUGAGGACAACUGCAGUUGUCAACCUUUCCUUCCUUUCAUUCAAUGAUGCUAUAUAAAAGAAACAAAAAGUGCAACAGAUGUUUCUAGCUAUUUGUGGAAUGAAGGACAUUUAAAUAAAUUUUUUUUUUUUUUUUUGGAGACAGAUUCUCACUCUGUCACCCAGGCUGGAGUGCAGUGGCACAAUCUUGGCUCACUGCAACACUCUGCCUUCCAGGUUCAAGAGAUUCUUGUGCCUCAGCCUCCCGAGUAGCUGGGAGUACAGGCCCCUGCCCCCACACCCGGCUAAUUUUUGUAUCAACUUACUCAUUUGACUACUUUUUAUUAUAAAGAUUGUGGCAACUCUGCUUAGGACUCUGGAUUUUUCUGCCCAAUUAAGGUAAAAAAAAGAAAAAAAAAAGCAACCACCACCAUAAUAUUACCCAGGAAACCAGCUGUGUUCCGUAGACGGCCGGCCUAUCAGAUUCAAGUUGCAAGCCUUAUACACAGUAAGUGUCUCAUGCACAUAUCCAUGAGGGUUCACAUAAGCUGCCAUCGGCCCACAUAAGGAUAAACUAAAACAAAGAAUCAACAUGGAGAACAAGUCAAAAUGAGAAGUCUAAUUCUAUUAAAUGCUUAGAAUUUUAUUGAAGUUCACCAAGAAAUGAGGUAUGAGCUAUACAGUUUUUAAUCUUUCAGUUUUAUAUAAUACCUCAUCUUAGUAUGAAAAUGGGGUGGGGGUGCAGCUGGCAGACAGGCCUGUUUUGUCUUAAAUGUCUAAAUGUUUUCUGUGAUGACUCAAAGGAAAUAGUACUUGUUUUUAAAACCCUCCUCAAGAAAGACAUUGUAAAGAACAUAAAACUCAAAUGCUUCUGAAGGAGUCUGAGAGUAUAAGUGCAAUGACAAGGUCCUGUGUGGUCAUUUUGGGGCAGUUGAUUAUUUUGCAGAAAGCAGUUUCCUUACCUUCUUGAUUUAUAACUCUGAUGAAUUUGUCAUAAAAUGAUUUUCAAACACUUAUAUCAGAGCAUCAGUUGUGUUCAGAAGCAUGUCCUACUUUGGCCCUAUAUGGCAAAACUGAUGACUGAAAUGUAAUUUCUGAAGCAUCUAUGUUAGGGCCUAAUUGAAGACAGUCUAAUAUAUAGAUUGUCAACAAGAAUUAAGGGGAAAAUAAUUUCUCAGUUGUUUUACUUUACCUUGCUCAUUACCUGUGAAUAAUCCCUGACAUGCCUUGUUGCUCUGAGUACCCAAUCUGGAAGACGGUCUUAGCAAAAGUGAGCUAAUUCCCUGUAUUUCAUUUGCUGAAUGUUUGUAAUUUUUAGGUAUUGGAGGAAAGUAUAUGGAAAACAGAAAUACAGUCUUGAUUAUAAUUCUGAUAAGGCAGGUAUAUUAAAAAUGUAAUAAAGACCUUACCUGAAUA